AUGUUCAUUCGAGCUUUCGAGGCGCUCACGUCUGGGCAAUUCUUUUCCAACUCCGAGGCGAGGAUGCCAUUGGAUCUCUUUCGUUGGGCUCGAGAACGACGCUGCGAGCUGCUGCGAGUCGCCCCUAACUUGAACACAGCAUUGGUCCUGAUGCCAUCAAUGAUCAACGUGCUGAUCACGUCCACAGCAUGGCAUCCAACUGGGCCUUGUGGCAGUCUGCAACGAACCAUCUGCAAUCUCCUCGACAGCUACCCUCCACAAAUGGCUACCUCUGAGACAAUCGUACCUUCUCACCAACUUCCAGUCGAACUUAUCAACAAGAUUGCAACAUACAUUCAUGCUUUUCCGAGUCGCGAAGAAAGGCGUCAAGCCUACGUUGCACUCUUCCAAGUCUCCAGCAUCUAUCGUGCCGUAUUCAUCCCCAAUGUCUUCGAGAGGAUAAUCUUGAGGUCCCCGGACAAGGCAUAUAAGCUUCAAGUCCUGAUCGAAGGAAACCCAGGCCUCCUCAGCCACGCCAAGCGCCUCACGAUCUCGGCGCGAGGUCACGGUCUCCGCUCAGCAAAACCUUGGAUUCUCUCCGGAGUUUCCGACGUUGUUCUGGGCAAUAUUCUCAGAAGUUUUGCUUCAGGAGGAAAGUUGCAGAAGCUUGACCUCCUCAUCGCCCUCGACUGGAACCAGUUUCCUAGGGACACACCUAUAUCAUCCGCGCUCGCCCUACAAGAUUGGAUAACGCACAGCCAUCGACUUCCCGCUUUCCACGUAGCAAGGUCGACAAACGUACCGCGCAGCGUUAUCCAAUCAUGGAUGUCGGUCACCCAUCGUCUCACACUAGAGCGGGUACACUUCGAGAUUCUCGACCGUAUCAAUCCUGAAUUGGCCCCGAUAUCGACUUCGACUAUCGAGUCGCUGGAGUGGCGGGCCCUGCCCUUCGCGCUAAUGAAAAGCGUCUUGAUUCCAGUCCCGAUGUUCUCAUCCCUCAGGACCUUGAAGCUUUGGAUGGGGUAUCGGCCUUAUGCCUCGGGCCAAGAGGUUAGCCAACUACUCAACCCACAAGCCGACUCUUUGGAGGAGAUGUCUCUUGUCUCCGUCAUCACGUCUACGAUGGAACAGGAUGAUCACACCGAAUUCAGGACUCUCGAGCUUGAACCUUUUCCCCGCCUGCGACACCUUGAACUCGUGUCUUGUCUCGGCGCAGAGUAUGAGGGCAGAGACGAGGUACGAGGCCUUAUAGCGCAUAAGGUCAAUUUAGAGGGUGCGCUUCAAGGCCUUCGGUGUCAAUCACGAGCAUUGGCAGCCAUCAAGUAUCUCACUAUCCGCUUCGAAGUGGGUGACUCGCUUCACAUUAUUGUCGUCCCUCCCUCCUGGGAAUACUACCUUUCGUCCUCAAUACCGGCUGCCGUCAAACGUAUCGUUUCACCUUCAGACAGACCGAAACGGUUCCCCAAUUUGGAGAAGCUCACCGUUGUACUGUCGAUGAAGGAGGGCGAAUUUCGUAAAUUGGAAGAGCGAUGUGGGAAGUUGGAGGAGAAAGUAAAUGACAAGGCAGGACUAGCAGAUCUUCCCUUUGUCUUUCGGUUUGAAGUAGAGGUGAUCUGA